UCCUCAUUGCACGCGCCGAUUAUUAUUACAUACUAUAUUCGACCAAUGAGAGUCGAGGAGGGCGUGGUUUCGGCCGCAGACAGGCUAGCGACAGCAGCUGAUUGGUGGGUUUUCGUCUCGCCGCGCCGCCGUGGUGGAGGAUUAAAGGCGAGACGGAGGCGCCGAGCUGCGAAUCUUCAAAAAGUUGUGAUUCGGUGCAAAGAAAAGAUCCGGACUAUGAAAGAGCGCAGUGGCUCAACCCUGCCGCAUGGUGCUGAGACGAAGCAUGCUGAAGAGUUUUCCGUCUUUCCAAUAAAGUUAUUAUUAUUUUUGAUUAUUAAUCUGAUUUGCAUUCAGAGCGGCUCCGGGCUUGUUUUCAGUCGCACCGGCAGCUGAGUGCGAUUUUUUUUUUUUUAUAUAAUUUUUUUUAGAACAAUUUUUUUUAAAGACAUUCCCAAAACUUGUUAAUUCUAAGGAUAAUAAUCAGUGCGCACUUUUUUCCUCUCCACGCGCUUUUACGCACACGCGUACGAUCGACGGAUUUUAACACGUUUAUCGGUGAUGGUGGCGAACAACGCCGACCUGCCGCCCAUCGACUGCUGUGCAGACUCCGGUGAGAUGGACGCGGACGCGGACGCUUCUCGGACCCCGGGUUCCCCGCACGCGACCGGGGACGUGGCGUGGUGCAAGACGCCUACCGGCCACAUCAAGCGGCCCAUGAACGCGUUCAUGGUGUGGUCGCAGAUCGAGCGGCGCAAGAUCAUGGAGCAGUCUCCCGACAUGCACAACGCGGAGAUCUCCAAGCGGCUCGGGAAGCGCUGGAAACUGCUCCGGGACUGCGAUAAGAUCCCGUUCAUCCGCGAGGCAGAGCGUCUCCGACUCAAGCACAUGGCGGACUAUCCGGACUACAAGUACCGGCCGAGGAAGAAGGUCAAGACCACGUCGGCGGGCGCGUGCAAGGCUGGCGGGGGGGACAAGGCGGGCGACAAGGGGGUCAAGUCGUCUUCGAAAAAAAGCCACAAGUCUCCCGGGAGGACGCACAAGAAGUCUGCGUCCCUCGAAGCCGCCGUAGGGGACGCGCUCUACAAACCGAGGGCUGCGUCCUCCGCGAAGCAGAUCCCGGACAAACCGGCAAAGCGCGCGCACGCGGGCUCAGAGAGUCUCGCCCCGUCCGCCGCCGUGCCCGCGAGCCCGACGCUGAGCAGCAGCUCGGCCGAGUGCGGCGAGCCCCCGAGUCUCUACGACGACGCGGCGACGCGCUUCAAGCACGCGCGCGCCUCGUCCCCGACCCCGUCUGCCUCGCACUCCUCCUCUUCCUCCUCCUCGCACUCGUCGGAUGAAGAGUUCGAAGACGACCCGCUGGACUUCGACCCCAGUCCCGGUGGGUUUAGCGGCGGAUUUGGUAGCGACACGUGCCUCGACCGGGACUUGGACUUCGGUUUCGAAUCGGGCUCGGGCUCGCACUUCGAGUUCCCGGACUACUGCACCCCUGAGGUGAGCGAGAUGAUCUCGGGGGACUGGCUCGAGUCCACCAUCUCGAACCUGGUGUUCACGUAUUGAGCUGAGAUCAUCGCAAAGACGUUGGAGACGUUGGGAAAACGAACGAGCGACGACAUUUUUUACACGCAGCUGAACUGAAAUCGCGUGCGCUACUCCUGCGACGCGCGAGACGACGCGCGCGACCGAUUCCCACCUGUUUCAUAUUAAAACGCUGUGGGCAUGAAAAUAAUUACAGAAGAAAAAAAAUGGAAGAAGGAGGGAGGAAAAGGAAAACUCAUGCUCCUUUGGAGGAGGGAGGAAAGAUGCGAGAAGUUGGGCUUGGGCGAGCAGGAAGAGUUUAGAAGUUGCACGGAGAUGAGACUGAGAUGAGACUGAGAUGAGAUGAGACUGAGAACUUUUUUUUUUUCUUUCAGAAAAAUGACUGAAAAGCCUCCUAAGAUGAACUGAAGCGCAUGAUGAGCACGGUUCUGCCUGUCAAGUGCGAGUCGUAUCCGUUUUUUUUUUUUUUUUAAAGAAGGUAAAAAAAAAAAGAGAAAAAAAAAGAGAAAACAAACCGAUCACCAGCUUUUUCCCGUUAAAGAGAUGUCAGGUGUUUAAGCGCAACUCAGACGGUUCAGCUUUUUUUUCUUACACUACAAAUCAGGACCAAAAUUCGUCCGAGAAGCGUGUUAUCUCUCGCUCUCCCUUUCUGUAUCCCUCUCUUUCCUUACGUCUCUCAUUCUUCCUUUCCUUCUCUCUCUCUUUCUUGCCCCCCCACCCUGUCAAUCCCCCCUUAGUGCUCAAUUUUAUACCAAUGUAUUUAUAAUGCUCAAUUUUGCUGCAUACUUUUGUUUGCUUUCAUGCAAAAAACCGAUUUUGUUGUUGUUGUUAUUGUUGUUGUUGUUGUUUGCUGAUGAUGCUGAUGAUGAUGAUAACCAGCAGCUAGCAUCUUUUACAUCAUGCUAAUUGGUGGCUAUUGGUUUCACUGUUAGUCACAUUAGCAUGUCUGGGUUUUUUUGUUUGUUUAUUUGUUUUGUUUGUUUGUUUGUUUUGUUUGCUGUCUCCCCCACCCCCCUCCCCCCCUGUCUACAGUUAAACCAAUCUGUCUUGUCCCGUAGACUCCAGAUGCAACAUGUACGUCUCAGUUUUUUCUCAAGGGCUAGAAAACUGCAUCAUGUCAUUUUACUGGACGCGAGACGACGAACCGUCGCUGUUAUUUUCUACGUGUAUUUUUGUACAAUUAAGAUUUUUUGUCUCGGAAAAACCAACAAAAAAACAAAAAAACGAACAAAACAAUCUGUUUACAGUGUCGAUCCGCAGCUUUCUCGAAGACACACCAUUACAAUUUCUCAACCAGCCAUGCAAACGAGACUGUAUGUAGCGGAAACAUCAGUGUCCUUAUGGGAAAUACUGUUUCCUUUUUUUUUGUUGUUUUUUUUUUUUUUGAGGAUUUCUUUGUGCUUUGAAUCAGUGAAUCCGUCAUUUAAAAAAAAAGAAAAAAAAAACCUAAAAAAAAAACCACUGGAUGUAAUUUGAACACGCUCUAAAAUGCCUCUGAGUUCAUGAAGUAAUGCUUUCACUCCUAAAUGUUACAAGGAUAUUUAAUCUUUUUCUACUUGUUGGCUAAAUGUAGCUAAUCGUUUUUAGUAUGUUACGGCAUGGCGACUAGCGUUUUCGUAUUUUGGAAAAAAAUUGUAAAAAAAAAAAGAAAAAAAAAGAAUUCAGGUUCACGUAGAGCUGUCGUGUUUAAGGCAAAAGGAUCGACGUGAAGAGUUUCUUUUCUUUCCUUUUAUUAUUAUUAUUAUUAUUAUUAUUAUUUUUAAUGUACAUUGAUUGUAUAAUAAAGUAAAAAGACUGUGUGCUUUGUGUGGCAAACAGCUGCCCCGCCAGGCACUUUGAACAUAUAUCUUUAUACGUCCCUCUGUUUAAAGUUGUUGUUCAUGACUUUUUUGGGAUAAAUAGGCCUAUAUACAUUUUUAAUAUUGUUUCAUUUUGUGCAAUAUGCUGUGUACAAUAUUGUUUGUCUUGCCAUACCAUAUCACAUUUGAGUAGAGAAUUCAAAGCCAGCCAAUUGUGUCAAGUCACUGCCUGUCAGACCUCUGUAUAAAAAAAUAAACAAAAAAAAACAACAAAAAAAAACUGUCUUUUUUCCAGAAGGAAAUAAAAUCAGCUGGAACUGAA